CAUCUCCAAAUAUAAAAUUUUGAGUGGUUUAUAUAUGUGCUUAAAUUAUUGUAAAAACACACAUUCCCUGCGUCAAGGCCAGGCUUUUUCAUGCAAUUAACCUUCAUAAUCUCCCCAUAACCUCGCAUCUGACUAGCCGGAACCUCACCGAGCUGUGUCACUGACACACAGCUCUCUCAACAACCUUAGUUCCCCCAAACACUUCAAAUCAUGUCGGUCGCUAACGCCGACACGUCUCCGACCAUGUCGGACGACGUCUCAACGAUCGAGAAGAGCAGCCCUGCAGACAGGGCUCAGUGGGUGGCAAACCCACCGGAGCCACCGGGGAUAUGGCGAGAGCUAAUCGACUCGCUUCGCGACACCAUAUUUCCCGAUCCUACCAAGCUUUUGUCCCUCAAGAACAAGACUAGAACUGCAGUGGUUGGAAGCCUAUUGCAGGGUGUCUUCCCUAUCCUCUGCUGGGGGCAGAGCUACAAUCUUAGCAAGUUCAAGAAUGAUAUCUUGGCUGGUUUGACUCUGGCUAGCCUCUGCAUUCCUCAGAGUAUUGGAUAUGCAAAUCUGGCGAAGCUUGAUCCUCAAUAUGGGCUCUAUACAAGCAUUGUGCCACCGUUGAUUUAUGCAGUAUUGGGAAGUUCGAGGGAAAUAGCGAUCGGACCGGUGGCCAUAGUAUCUCUGCUUUUGCCGGCCAUGAUUCAGAAAAUUCAAGAUCCCGCCGGCGACCCUCUUGCCUAUAGAAACCUUGUCUUCACCGUUACUUUCUUCGCCGGAAUCUUUCAGGCCGUCUUUGGAUUCUUUCGGCUGGGAUUUUUGGUGGAUUUUCUGUCACAUGCUGCCAUAAUUGGGUUCAUGGGUGGAGCUGCCAUUGUAAUUGGGCUUCAACAGCUCAAAGGAUUGCUUGGCAUCACUCACUUCACUAACAAAACUGAUAUUCUCUCUGUUAUGGGAGCUGUGUUUGGAUCAUUCCAUCAUCAUAAUGAUCAAUGGAAUCCCUUGAACUUCAUCAUUGGCUCUUCAUUCCUUUCCUUCAUCCUCAUCACCAAAUUAUUGGGGAAGAAGUACAAGAAAGUAUUCUGGUUAGCAGCCAUGGCCCCACUGUUAUGUGUAAUCCUAUCAACGCUUUUGGUGUUCCUCACAAGAGCUGACCAGCACGGCGUCAAGAUCGUAAAACGAGUCCCCGCCGGCCUCAACCCCAUCUCCGCUCAACACAUCCAAAUCCACACCCCUCACAUCUCCCAAAUCCUUAAUGCCGCUCUCAUCAUCGCCGUCAUAGCCCUCACGGAAGCUAUUGCUGUGGGGAGAUCAUUGGCAUCCAUGAAAGGAUACAACAUUGAUGGGAACAGAGAAAUGGUGGCAUUAGGCUUCAUGAACCUAGCCGGAUCUCUCACUUCUUGCUACGCAGCGACAGGUUCUUUGUCACGGUCCGCGGUUAAUUUCAGUGCAGGGUGCGAGACGGCAGUGUCGAACGCGGUCAUGGCGGUGACGGUGAUGAUAUCAUUGGAGAUGUUCACCAAGCUCCUCUACUACACUCCCAAUGCGAUUCUAGCUUCCAUUAUUCUCUCUGCACUUCCAGGCCUCAUUGAUAUUCACCAAGCUUAUAAUAUAUGGAAGAUCGACAAGCUCGACUUCUUGGCUUGUCUUGCAGCUUUUCUUGGGGUUCUCUUUCUCUCCGUCGAAUUCGGCCUCAUCCUUUCGUUAGUGAUAUCAUUUGCAAAGAUAAUACUAAUCUCAAUCAAACCUGGGACUGAGAUUUUGGGAAAACUCCCUGGAACUGAUAUCUUUUGUGAUAUUCAUCAAUAUCCAAUGGCUCUCAACACUCCUGAAGUCCUCAUCAUCCGUGUUAAAUCUGGCUUACUUUGCUUUGCAAAUGCCAACUUCGUCAAAGAUAGGAUUAUGAGGUUCAUCAACAGCCAAGAUGCAUCAGGAAAGGGAAUCACUCAUUUCUUAGUCAUUGAUCUCUCCAAUUUAAUGAACAUUGACACUUCAGCAAUUGCUUCUCUUGAAGAACUGCAUAAUAGUUUGGCAGCCAGUGGAAUAGAGUUGGUCAUUGCAAAUCCAAAAUGGGAAGUGAUUCACAAGCUGAAGGUAGCAAAUUUUGUUGCCAAACUGAAAGGGAGGGUGUUCUUGAGUGUUGGAGAAGCUGUGGAUGCAUGUCUUUCAGCUAAAAUGGAAGCCAUCUAAAGCACCAAAAAUCAAACUAAAUUUAUUAAAAUAAUAAACUUUUCUCAUUACCAAACCAAAAUGUAAUAAAUUAUGCAAUUUUACCUAUGUUUUGUUUUGUCUAUCUUUCUUUAUUUUAAUGUGUGGAUUAUAAAUAUUGGCCAUGUGCUGCUUCUCUCUAUGGGACCAAACAAACAUAUUAUAGGUUCUCACCAAUUGAACCCAAUUGGUUUUCCUUUAAUGUGGUACUGAAAUAAUGUGUUUGUAAAAUAUGUAUAAUAAUAUAACUAUUAUAAUGGGGGAAAGUCCCAUGUCUGCCUUGUUGCUUUUUAA